CACAUAAGAAGCACUCGAUGCUAGUCAUUUUUUAUUAUUUUAAUUAAUAUCAUCUCUGAGGGCCCUUUCAGGACUUCCAGACGGAGUCCACGUCCGUGGGGGACUUCGGAGCAGUAAAAGGUAGUGGCAGGAGGCACCUCGGCCAUCGCCCACCCCACUAGCUGGGAGACUCGGGCAGGUUAUUCACCCUUCUGCACCUCGCUUCACUCAUCUGUAUAAAGGGAACAGUCACAGUAACUGCCUCAUGGAGUUACUCCGGGGACUUAGAUAAUCCAGUGACACACGUAGCCCAGUGCCCAGCACUCGGCUGGAGCUCCAUAAAGGUCAGCUAUUGUUCUGAAGCGUAGGGCGGGGAGAGUUCAUCCUGUUGGGCCGUCAGGCCAGGCUGUAUUUAGGUACCCGGUGGGGGCGGGGCGGGGGCGGCGCCGGUGCACGCCCUCUUUUUUUUAUUUUUAAAAUUUCACCCGGGUCUUGACAACCGGUGCAACCCUGUCCUCCCCUGUUCCCGCCCCCGAGCCAGAGGAGCCUCUUUUAGGUGGGCAACUGCAGAGAUGGUGACUCGGGUUAGCUCAGAUGUGGCUGCCCUUAGUCCCCAGCUGCGCCCUCCCCUUUGCCCUCCCCAGCAACCCCUACCCGCCCUCUUCCGGCGCGUGCUAAAGCGAGAGAAACGCCCUCGGGGGAAGAUAUGUAGCAAUCCGAUGGAACUUGGAGAUCAACGUUGUGUUUUCUUCGCGCCCACCUGAAGUCGAAGGGAGGUGGAGCGGCGGGUCUCAGCCCCUCCCCGACGCGGAAACCCGGCCUCCGUCCCCCGGAGCCCAGUCCCCACAGGCGGAACCGCCCUGUGCGAGCGAGGCCGGGUUUGGACUGCGCGGGAAUGGGCGUGGCCUGGGCGGGGCGGGCGCUAGGACCCGCCGGAGCGCCGUGAACGUCACCCAGCGGCGCCGAGGCCCCGGGUUGAGCGGGAGGCGCGAUCGGUCCGGUCGGUGGCUCCCCGCGGCGGGGCCGGGCCCGAUCUCGGGCGGGAACCGAGCCCAGAGCCGGUAGCGGGAAGGAUGACCACGCUCACACGACAAGACCUCAACUUUGGCCAAGUGGUGGCUGAUGUGCUCUGCGAGUUCCUGGAGGUGGCUGUGCAUCUCAUCCUCUACGUGCGCGAGGUCUACCCUGUGGGCAUCUUCCAGAAACGCAAGAAGUACAACGUGCCGGUCCAGAUGUCCUGCCACCCGGAGCUGAAUCAGUAUAUCCAGGACACGCUGCACUGCGUCAAGCCACUCUUGGAGAAGAAUGAUGUGGAGAAAGUGGUGGUGGUGAUUUUGGAUAAAGAGCACCGCCCAGUGGAGAAAUUCGUCUUUGAGAUCACCCAGCCUCCACUGCUGUCCAUCAGCUCAGACUCCCUGCUGUCUCACGUGGAGCAGCUGCUCCGAGCCUUCAUCCUGAAGAUCAGCGUGUGUGAUGCCGUCCUGGACCACAACCCCCCAGGCUGUACCUUCACAGUCCUAGUGCACACAAGAGAAGCCGCCACUCGCAACAUGGAGAAGAUCCAGGUCAUCAAGGAUUUCCCCUGGAUCCUGGCGGAUGAGCAGGAUGUCCACAUGCAUGACCCCCGUCUGAUACCACUAAAAACCAUGACGUCGGACAUUUUAAAGAUGCAGCUUUACGUGGAAGAGCGUGCUCACAAAGGCAGCUGAGGGGGCAUCUGCCACCUCGCUGAUGCCCGAACUGUCAGACUUUGGGGGAUCCCUGCCUGGGGCAGUGCUGCAUGGCUGCCCUGAUUCCAAGUGCUCUUAUCGCCUCUGUGUGUGGAUCACCCGCCCCAGCCCGGGGCCGCUCAGGUCUGCUUGGAGGAUGCCUCCCCCAGGAGGCAGUGAAGGAUGCCGCAACCUCGACUUCUCAGCCUCCUGGGGUUCUGCCGGCCAACACUGUCUGUCUCAAAUACUGUGCUGUGAGUUCUUUCAAUAAAGGGGCCCCAAGGGCUGGGCUGA